GAUGUCGCCCCCCUUCAACAAAGAUCGUUCCAAUGAGCUUCUCAUGGCUGCCAAAAGAGCGUGUAAAAGCCACUUGUCGGCAUCUGAUAGGCAUGUUGUUGAGCUUCUGGAUCCGAAUGGUAGUAUGCACUGGGCUUUAGGCCACGACGGAAAACCAAAUGUUCGCGUGUAUAAUCAUUCACGCCAGCACACGACUGCAUAUCUUGUUCAGGAACGCGGCGUGAAAAUGGCCGUUCCCUGUGAGAGUUGCGCUAGUAGCGAUUCUCGAAGCCCCUGGGUGGACUGUGUAGCAGUUCCUGCAUUCGGUAAACAUAGUGUACACAACCAUGCGUGUGGCGGAUGCCUAUGGAAGUCUUCCGGCAAGGCCUGCUCCUUGCGUCGCGAGUUUGAACAGCAGGGAGGCGCUAGAUGGGAUGAGUCUGUGCAUAUCUCAGUGAUGAAGGCCGGUGGCUUGUUGGCUGCCCUUGAGGCCUAUCCAGACCGUCGAUCCACUAUCGGACAGGCCGCUAUGGCGGGAGCAAUUCGCAAUGAGGGUUCUUUUCCUCGCGUGAAAUCCGAGCCGCGUGAGUCGGUCGUAUUUGAAGCUGCCUCCGAAAACGAGUCGGUCUCAGCCAUGAGAAGUCGUAGCCCAAAGGGAAAGGCACCUGCACAGGGAGUUAAGACCAAAACCGAACAGGUAGAUAGGCGCGGUUCUGUUGGCAACAGGAACGCUUCUAUCGGUGGUUCGGCCAAAAAGACGCCAGUGAAACAGGCUCCCGCUAAGGCCUCUGGUUCCCUAGUAGGACCCUCCUGUGGGUUCCUCAAACAGGGAGUCAACAAACGUAACGCAUCCGGUGAAGCCUCCGGGGAGCCGCCGAAGAGGCUCAAGGUAGCUGUUCGCCCGGUGAAGAAGGAAAAUGUUACCAUUACCUUGGAUGAGUACAAUUGGUUAAAAGAACAGGCAAAGGACCUGGGACGCAUGGUUGACGGCGCUAGCAAAUACAGUAGUAAGACCAUGGAUGAUCUUGUACGUCUGGCGACCGGGGUCAAGGAACUGAAGGCCUUAAUGAAAACGACCGGAAGGUAG